UAUAGAUAUGCGUCUGUAGUCGACUGAUUCCUCUGUCCAUACUUCAUACCACAUGAGCCCAUUCCAGCCCAGACCCAUCAAUUCACCCACGAUAUACCACAAGAAGUCUCCCAAGACAAAAUGCCCGUCCCCACCACCCGGGAAUACAACGAAUUGGACGAGUUCGAGCGUCAUGUCCACAGCUUAACCGAGGGACCUCCGCCAUCGGACCCGGACAACAGCCAAACAUGGGACUACUCCCCGCACGCCUGCAACCUGCGCUUCGAGUCCGCGACUCGCGGCGCCGGUGCCGCCCCCGCACGAUGCGCUUACCUCUUCACCACUGUCCCGGCGCUCUGCAACUUUGCCGGCAACCUGCACGGCGGAUGCGCCGCCACCAUGGUGGACUGCCUCACCUCGGUGCUGAUCCUGGCGCUCUCGAGCCCCGGCCGCUUCGCGACGGCCGGGACCACGCGCAACCUCCACUUGACCUACAUCCGUCCCGUGCCCGUGGGGACGGAGAUGCGGAUCAUCUGCGAGAUGGUCAAUAUGGGCCAGCGGAUGGCGCUGGUGAAGGCGGAGCUCUGUCGUGUGGAGGAUGGCAAGGUCUGUGUUGUCGCGGACCAUGAGAAGGUCAAUUUGGAUGGCGCGUCGAUGUGAAGUGGGCUGGCUGGGUUGGCUGGGAGGGAGUGUUUUGUUGUUGCACCCGUCGACUAGCGCUUGUUGUACUACUUCCUCUUCUCCAUCUAUUUACAGAGUCGUCAUUUAUGAUCUUCG